AUGUAUAACCCGUAUCAGCAGCAGCAACAGCAAGGGUAUGGGUUCAAUCCCCAACAGACAGGCUAUGUGGGUGGUUUCAAUUACCAACAACAGCCCCAACAACCCCCACAACAAAUGUACCAACAACCUUCGUUACAAGGCCAAAUGACGGGAUUCAUCCCACAACAACCCAAUUUGUAUUCCAGCGGAUUCCCAGCUCAACCCCAAACUAGCUUUCAGCAACAACAACAACAACAACCACCAUCUUUGCAGCCUCAAGCUACUGGGUAUAUUCAAACUCAGCCUACUGGGUUUGGACAAUCAGCCCCUACUGUGGUUGAAAACAGCGAAUUGAAGAUUCCUGCCAUUCGCUUGUCGUUUAUCACUGCCGAAGACCAAAAGAAGUUUGAGCAUUUGUUCAGAACUGCGGUUCCUAAAGGCGAGCAAGCAAUUGGUGGAGAUGCAGCCAGCAACAUCUUGUUGAGAUCAGGGUUACCUCCAGUCACCUUGGCGGAAAUUUGGUCCUUGUCAGAUAUUGGCAACACAGGAUCACUUUUGUUUCCUGAAUUUGCAUUGAGUUUGCAUUUAUGUAGCAAGGCUAAAAGAGGUGAAAGUUUACCAGGUGUACUUCCUGAAAAGUGGUUAAAUGAAGUCAAGAGUUUCAGCGAUGCUAUUAACUUCACCGUUCCUGAUGAUCCAAGUAAGAUCUUGGCCAACACUCCCUUCGCCCUGUUUGCUCCACCACCUCCUGAUACUGACUGGAUGAGUAAGCCUGCACCUACUUCAUUCCAACCACAAAUGACGGGAUUUGGAGCUGCUCCUUUGGCAGCACAAAGAACCGGCCCAAUUGCUGCACCACCAACUACUUCAUUUGGUGCUGCGUUAACUGCUCAGAGAACAGGCGGAGGUACUUUAAUUCCCUUGCAACCACAACAAACUGCGGGAUUAAUUCCCGCUCAAAAGACCGGUCCACUCCCAGGACAAUUGCAACAAGCCCCAACUCAAUCAUUCAUCCCACCUCAAGGUACAGGAUUCCAACCACAACCUCAACUUAGUUCACAAAGAACUGGUCCAAUGCAACCACAAAGAACUGGUCCAUUACAAGUCCAAAGAACUGGUUCAUUACAAGCUCAAAUGACCGGUGGGUUAGUUGCUCAACCAACCGGAAGACCAGGGGAAUGGGGGUUUGUCUCUAUGCCCACUGGUGGUAUCCCAGGUUUGAAUGCUAUGCAGCAACAUUUCUUGCCUAAUGCACAGUUACCUUCCACCAACUUGCAAAGCGCCAUGGACACUUCGUUGAGCUCCAAUGUUACUUGGGCAAUCACCAAGCAAGAAAAACAAAUUUAUGAUGGACUUUUUGAAGCUUGGGAUACCAAGAGAAGAGGAUAUAUUGAUGGUGAUGUUGCUUUGAAUGUAUUUAGUAAAUCAGGAUUAGCCAGACCUGACUUGGAAUCAAUCUGGACUUUGGCUGAUACUAAUGACAGUGGGAAAUUGAACAAGGAUGAAUUUGCUGUGGCUAUGCAUUUGGUUUAUCGUAGAUUGAAUGGGUUUGAUUUACCUUUGAGAUUGCCUCCUGAAUUGGUGCCUCCUUCAAAUAAGUACUUGCAAGAUUCCAUGAACACCUUGAAGAAUUCAUUGAAAGGUGGUGCUUCCAAACCUGCCGUUCCUCCAAAACCACAAACUAAGCCUGAUGGAACCAGAUUCAAGAAUGAUGACAACAAUUUCUCAUACGUAUCCAAUGCUCGUCAUAAGAGAAGAGGAACUACUCCAGAAUUAGAAAGCAAACCUAGUGCAUUAAAAACAUCUUCUGAUUCUGGUUUGACCAUUGAUGAAAUGAAGAAGUUGAUUAGAGAAAAGAGAAUCUUAUUGGAUGCCAUGGAUGUUGAGGAUCAAGAUAAGCCCAAGGUUUCCAGAGACACAGCUGAAAUUGAAAAUUACAAGCGCAGAAUCAUGGAUGUUCAAUCUAAAUUAGAUGAAUAUGAAGGAGGAUCUUCAAUUGAUGAUCGUAAACAAUUGCUUGCCAAAUUAGACAAUCUCACUAGAGAUAGAGUUCCUUCAUUAAUUUCUAGCAUUCAACAAAUGAAUCAAGAAAUUGCUCGUAAAAAGAUUGAAUUAAUUAAGUUGAAGUUGCAAAGGGAAAACCCAUCUUGGAAUCCUGACGAUUAUGAAUCGGAAAUUGUCGGUACUGGUCCCAAUGGAGAAGUCACUGAUCGUGAUAGAAGAAAGUUCCAUUCCAAGCAACAAUUUAAACAAAAGAUGGCUGCUCUUACCGGUAGAGGUUCUUCUUCUGGUGGUAAUGCCGAUUUGGAUUUCAAAUUGAAGGAAGGUUCAGAGCAAGCACGUGAAGAAUGCAAGAGACAAUCAGAUAUGGUGGGUGACAUUGAAUCCGGAAUUAAAGAAAUGGAAGAUGAAUGUGCUUCUAAAUUGAAAGUCUCAGUUAAGGAAGAUGCUGGUUCAGAUAAAUGGGAAAGAGGAUUGGGUGUUUCUGAAGAAGUUGCCAAAUUUGUUAAGGAAUUGGAUGCCUUUUCAAACAGUCAAAGACGUAAUAUCGCCAAAGCUAAACAACAAUCUCCGGUGGAAUAUUCAAGUUCCAAGUCUUCGCUGCCUUUGGUAACUACCAGUUCUACUGGUUCAAUCACCAUUGACAAGUAUAGUACUCCUGAAGAAAGAGCUGCUUAUAUUAAGGCUCAAGCUGAAAAGAAGAUGAAUGAAAGAUUGGCCAAGCUUGGUAUUACCAGACGUAAGACUUCUGCUGCUGACGUAAAUCCACCAGUGGAAUCUCAUCCAGAACCUAAGGAAGUCUCAACACCAGUAGUUCCAAAAGCUGAACCAAAAGUUGAACCACCAAAGAUCGAACCAAAAGCUGAACCAAAAUCAAUUCCCCCUGCUCAGAAAAUAGUUCCAGCAAAGGCUGUACCAGCUCCACAAGAAGAAUCUUCUGAUGACGAUGAUGACGAGGAAUACAAGGCUAUGUUGAAGCAGAAGCAGGAAAUGGAAGCCCGUGAGCGUGAAAGAAAAUUAAAGAAGAAGCAACAAAAGGAAGAAAGAUUGGCCAAGCUCAAGAGGGAAAUGGAAGAGAUGAAGAAAAGAGAGGCUGAAGAUAGUGACGAGGAUGAAAACGAAAACGUUACCUCUGUUCCAACCUAUGUUUCUAAACCAAAAGAAGAACCCAAACCUGGCAAGGUGGAACCAGCUGAACCGGUUAAACCAGUUGAAGCUGCACCAGUUGCUCACCAACCACAUGAAAGUAAUCCAUUUGCCAAGAAGAUGGCAGGUGGUGCAGAAGAAGCCAAGACCAAUCCAUUUUUUAAGCCUGCCAACAAGGAAGUAGUGGUAGACACUAAAAAGGCUGCCGCCCAACGUGCUUCCCAACGAGGCAUUUCCAACAAUGAUGGAUGGAGCGAUUCUGAAGAUGAAGCUGCCAGUGAGGAUGAGUCUCCAAAUAGAGCUGGUGCAGCCCAAUUGGCUAGUCUUUUGUUUGGUGGUAUGUCUCAACCAUCAAGAUCUGACUCAAACCUUGGUAAAUCAGAUUCAGGUUCUAAAUUGCCUUCACCAGAAGCAAUCAAGAAGGAAGAACCACAAAUACUCAGACCACCAGAAGAUAAUGUAUCUGCUGGUUCAUCUCAAUUUGGAACUCCUACUGCUACACCACCACCUCCACCUCCACCAGUCUUCAGUGCUCCACCACCACCACCAGUGGCUGUUGAUGUACCAGCCCCUCCUUCUGUGGCUGAUAUUCCUCCUCCUCCUCCACCCCCUCCUCCUCCAGCUUUUGAUGCACCUCCACCACCUCCUCCUCCUCCUCCUCCAACUUUGGAUGGAAUUCCACCUCCACCUCCGCCUCCUCCACCGGCGCUGUUUGCUCCACCCCCACCACCAAUUCCAAAUGGAUUCAAUGCUCCAGCUGCUCCCCCUCCACCGCCACCUCCACCUCCUCCUGCUGCUGGUGACGCAGCUGCAGCAGGUGGUGCGCCAAACAUUUCCGCGUUAUUGGGUCAAAUUACCGGAGGUAAGUCCUUACGUAGAGUUGAAACCAAAGAAGCUAGUGGUGCAGUAGUCGGAAGAGUUUUAUAA